UUAAAUAUAUUCAAAAAGAAAAUGUUUAUGCUGUCCAUGCCCACAAUAUAUAUAUAUAUAUAUCUCAUUGGCUGGAACUUAUCUUUCCGUUCCCAAAAAUCCCACCCAUUUUUGGUAUUUCAGUCUUUCAUAUACACAUUAAGCAUCCCAUUUGGCUCUUAUAUUAAGGUUUCUCUUUUUACUUGCUCUUCAUCCUCCUCCAAUGUCGGUCGACUCAUCAUAUCUUCCUGCUGUCCGUACCAAAACAAAACCAAACACUAACCCUAACCCUAACCCUAACCCUAACCCUUAUAAUUACCAGCAAGUCGCAUCUGCGGACAAUGCUCGUCAGAGGCUGGACGACCAAUCCACUCGCUCAACAUGGUCUCAUCGUGCAUGGAUGGCAACUGGCUGUGUUACUCUACUCAUAUGUCUGGCAAAGUCCAUAAUUGGCGCAGCCAAUUCCCACAUAUGGCUCCAACCCAUUUUACCAAGCUUGAUCGGCUACCUACUAGCCGACCUUGCAUCAGGAUUGUACCACUGGGGCAUUGAUAAUUACGGAAGUGCCACUACUCCAUUUUUCGGACCACAAAUCGAGGCAUUUCGAGGUCACCAUAAGUUGCCAUCGACGAUAACAAGGCGUGAGCUUGCCAACAAUUUGCAUGAACUUGCUCGUGCUGUCACCUUUACAGUCCUUCCCUUCGACCUUUUCUGUGAUAAUCCGACUAUCCUCGGAUUCGUCGGUGUUUGGUCCGGUUUCGUCAUGUUUAGCCAGCAAAUUCAUGCUUGGGCACAUGGCACGAAGAACCAGCUUCCGCAGCUGGUGGUGGCGCUGCAGGAUCUCGGCCUGCUCGUGUCUCCGUGGCAACAUGCAGCGCAUCACCGGCCGCCUUAUAACAACAAUUAUUGCAUCGUAAGUGGGGUUUGGAACAAGUUUCUGUAUAGGCACAAGAUUUUUGAGGCAUUGGAGUUGGUUGUGUUUUCUAAACUAGGUGUGAGACCUAGAUCUUGGGAUGAGCCAAACUCUGACUGGACUAGUUAAGAUAGCGACAUAUGUAAAACUUACCACAAUAACAAAAAUUAGUAUUUAUAUACAUAUAUACGGCACCUUAAUGGUUGACUUGCAUGCUCAUCUUGUAUAUAAUAAGCUUUCCCUUUGUAUUAUCAGCGAUAUUAGAAUAUCUCUUAUUGGUAAUAAGACAUAUAUUUCAUCUUUUUAUCUUUUA